AUGCCUCGGGCCUCUCUGGACGGGCGAGGUCGCAAAGCGUUGGACAGCUUGCAGGAGGAGAGAUGCAAGAUGAUGCAGCCGCGAAAGACACACGCCGACAAUCUUCGGGAAGCCUCGCCGCCCAAGACGAACCCGUGGCAGCGCAUCAAGGUCGUACCCCCGGAGCGCGACGAGCCGGCAGCGCCUUUGAGCGGGCCGAAAACGCCGAGCUCCGAGACCGAAGCGAGCGAGGAGACGGUCGAGACGGCGGAGCUGGGGCCGGAAUCGCCAACGGCAACUAGUUUGCGCCACGAGGAGCUUCGAGACGAGGGGCCGCCGCCCCGCGGAGAGAGUCGCCGCGGCGGAUUCGAGCCGGGGUUGAAUUUGGAGUGGGAGUCGGCGCUGGCGCCGGAGAAAGGCAUGGCAACAGUAUCAGGGCCCAUCUCUUUCGCCCGUUCGCUGACCUCUGAUGGCAGCAUUUGGAACCACCCGUUUGGAUCGGACGUCGUGGUGCACACGAACCACGGGACCUAUUUUCUGCACCGCAGCAUUCUCGCCAGCAACUCGGCCUGGUUUCGGGAGCGGUUGCCGGCCCCAUCUUCGGUACGGCCGACGCGUGGCCCCAUGGAACAGUUCGCGAGACUCGCUGACGCCAGCCUGAAACAGGACGGUGCCCCCGUCGAGGUUUCCAUCCAGGACGACGGACCGCUCACUUCACACUGUCUCAAGUUCUUCUACACCGGGAAGAUGGACGCGUGCGAACCCGCGACCGACAGGCCGCAGGACAUCACCUACGUGCCCUUGUGCGCCCUGCAUUACAUACACGCCGUGGGAUUGCAGGCGACGUCGAUAGCGGCCCACGUCACCCGCAUCCUGAACCGGUCCUCCAAGAGCUGGGGACAGCACCUCGAAGUCUUCUGCAAACGCCACCUCCUCGGCCCCGAACAAGGUUGGCAGUUUGCCUUCCACCUGGGGAAUGCUCUCGAUGCCGCCUUCGGACACCCCGACCGCGAUGCCCUCGGGCCCCUGCGACUGGCGCUGGCCGGUUUCCUGGAUGCCGUGAUGCCCCUGAUUGCGAGGCAGCCGAAUGUGAUCAACCUGCUGUCGACACCCACGUGGAAGCGCUUCUCACCCGAAAUCACCGACGAAAUUGCCGAAUUCCGACGGCGGCGAGGAUACUACCGUUGGUCGGAUGGCGUACUGCCGGACGAGGAAGCCAUCGGGGCCAUCUGGCGGAGAUGCGAGGACGCUGGAGGCAUUCACGAUCCGCUGGCCUUUCGAAUGACGCAGAUUCGCCUCGUCGACGGCGACGAACCAAGCCAAGGGCAGGCAGGUGCUCCACUCGGAGACGCGUAG